UCUGUGUCCGGUGACGAGUUUUGCCGAAGCUGUGUCUUAGAAUCGAUAAAAGAAAAUAUUAAGGGAAGGUAAAACCAAUGAGAUCUCGAGUAGUUCAUUUAUAAGAACCAGGACGUCUAAACAGUAAAGAUGUCAGAUGACCUGGGGAAGCAGUUAGCCAGUUACAAGGCUCAAUUCCAGCAAGUUGAAGCAGCCUUGUCUACAGAUCCAGAAAAUGAGGACCUGCUUAAACUACAGAAGGAUUUACAGGAAGUGAUAGAGUUAACCAAAGACCUCCUGUCAAAUCAACCGUCAGAGGCUGCCACCAGUUCUGACCGCUCGGCCAUUGUUCCUCUCAGUCACUCCUGGGAGGUUGGGGACAGCUGCAUGGCAGUCUGGAGUGAGGAUGGACAGGUUUACGAAGCAGAGAUUGAGGAAAUAGACGAAGACAAUGGCACAGCUGCUGUCACUUUCUUGGGAUACGGCAAUGCAGAAGUCAUACCCCUGGUGAACCUCAAGCCUGCGGAGGAGGGUAAGAAUUCAGAGGAUGAUGGGGGCAAGUCUAAAUCAAGAAAGGAACAGAUAGCCCAGCAGAGGGAGUAUAAGAAGAAGAAAGCACUGAAAAAGGCCCAAAGAAUGAAGGAACUUGAGCAAGAGCGAGAGGACCAAAAAUCAAAGUGGCAACAAUUUAACAAUAAAGCCUAUUCAAAGAACAAGAAAGGACAGGUGAAGAGGAGUAUAUUUGCAUCACCAGAGAGUGUGAAUGGUAAAGUUGGUGUCGGAACAUGUGGCAUAGCAGAUAAACCGAUGACUCAAUACCAAGAUACAUCUAAAUAUAAUGUAAGGCAUUUAAUGCCACAGUAACAUGACACUGGGUAACAUGACACCAGUCUCUGCAUUAGCAGUGUUCUUUAUUAGCGGGAAAUCCAUUCUCUGAAAUCACAAGAAGCUGAACACAUCUUUUCAGAUAGCUUGUCUACUCAGUUUGGGAAUACUGGGUUUUAUUUUUGGAGUGUGUUUGAGAAGUACACAAGCUAAGCAGUUUUAAUAAACAACAUCCAAGCUAAUACAGAACCAGUGUUAAAGCUCAGCCUGAAUAGUUUUCUCAUUGUAGUGUUGGGACCUUAUUAAUGGGCAUGUAGGCUGCACCUGCCAGUUCAUUGAUAAUGUCCUUUGUCCUUUGUUUGUUUUUAUUGUUUGUUUGUUUUUUUAAGUUAUGUCGUGUUCCAGUAGUGCAAUUCAGUAAUUUGUGACUCGAGUCAGUGUUUGUUAAUUUGAUGCGAUGACUGGCUUAACAGGUCUAGCAGGGUUUGGCAUGUGCUAAACUGUCAUUCAUAAGAAUGUGGCCCAGAAAGCAGCAAAGGCAGAAGGUACAGAAAAGUAUUUCUAGACACUUCUGUAGUCUUACUUAAUGUACAAUAGUGCCAGUAAAAAAAAAAAAAAAAAACCAGCAGCAGCAGCAGCAGCAAGCACCCCAUAAGUUUAAUAAAUAAAUAAAUAAAUAAAUAAAUAAAUAACUGAAAGGACAUUGGAAGGAGAUCAUUCUUUUGGUUGAUGUGAGCUAAACUGAAAUGCCAGUUUCAGAAUUACUUUAUUUCUGAACGAGCAUAAUGCAUAAAGAAAGCAGUUAUUACCAGGAUUCUUCCGAUUUAUGGAGGAAUGUGAUUUUUUUAUCUUAAGUUUUGUAUGUUUAACUUUUAUCAAAUAAAUAUGUUAAAAUGGA